GCUGACGCGUGUGACUAAUCUCACGAAUGGAUUGGCGACGAUGAGGUUUAACCGGAGGACAGCCCGUAUCUUUUGCCUCUUAUCUUUUCUCACGCAUUACAGUGACGGUGAAGCGAGAGGAAGGAUGACAAUUACAGAUCGCGAGAGUAGAAAUUAUUGCCGCAUUUACCCCGAUCACACCAUGUGCUUAUUUCCUUCUGACUGCGAGAGCGCGAAUUGCAUCGAUAUGGUGAACAACGACCUCGAUGAGGAGGACAUCGAGGAGGUGCUCGAGAGUCAUAAUCAUUAUCGCGUUGUCAUUGCGAACGGCAAGGAGAGUCGUGGAAAUCCCGGGCCGCAGCCCGCCGCAAGGACCAUGAUGGAAUUGAUCUGGGACGACGAACUUGCCGUUAUAGCUCGUCGAUGGGCGCUGCAGUGCAAGCUCUUCGAGAAGGAUCAGUGCCGAGAUGUUGGCAAGUAA